AUGGGAAUCCCGGUCUUCAGCGUGACAGAGAACAUGACAAAUCACGCCUUUGCCACGACUGUGCUGGGCAAUGAGCUCCUCGAGGGUUGGAAGACGAAGACGGGCCCAUUGGGCAACAUGACCCCGGCCUAUGAUGUGACACCGCCACCGCUGCGCUCACAAGAUGGCAAGCCGGUCGACCCACCGACCCUUCCAAAACUUAAUUUGUGCUCGCUUGAAGGUGAGGGUGGUGGACUCCGGCUGCACCUCCCGCAGUCGGUGAGGUCCGAGUGGUUGCUGGACCCCAUCCGGUCCCGAGAAUGGAGAGCAAUGCUGGCGAAGUUCGGCCGGAGCUACACCUUGGCAGGUACCCAGGCAGAGGCCAAUGGUGCUGCCGGUGAAGCGCCUGUGGCUGUCAAUGCAGCAGCGGCCACAAUCAAGAAAGUUGAUGACUUGCAGAAUGUUUGCCAGACGAUUGCUGGACCGCCCGGGUCCAACAUCAUGUUCAAGAUCACAGAGGGCCCGGAACUUUGGGUAUGUGCGUCUGGUGGGGAAGGCUGCCUGGACACCAAGUUCGCGCUUUGUCACGGUGCAGGAACAUGGCUGGUGGAAGCCAAGUGUGACAAGUUCAUGGAGGACCAUCCGGGAAAGGCGUUCCUUUUCAACCUGGACAAUGACAUGGUCAAGGUGAUCUAUGAGCAAAGGGGCUCGGACUCUGACCCGAUGACCAUGUGCAAGUGCAUUCAAGAUCUUGAAAAGACUGGCCACCCUGAUUUGACCAUCGGUGGGCACGAACAUCGACGUCCAGCCGAAGUGUCAAAUGGCUCCGGGGAAGAUCAGUUUGAGACACUGGGCUGCUUUGGGCAAUGGCGUCCAUUCAGAAUUGCAGUGAGAGUUCUUGACGUAACAGGAGUGAAUCAACUGAGGCUCAAAAGGAACAAAAACUUGUGCUGGCGCCCGAAUGCAGUGCAAGCUGCCAAUGCCAAAUUGACCAGUUUGAUGUCGGUGUUCGAGCCAAAGCUGCUGGAGGACAGCCAGCACAUUGCCUUCUGUUGCCAGUAG